UGAAAUUCUACUGUAAAUGUCAGACUGGCUGGUAAGCAAUUAAACGGUGUUACGAAACGGUUCUGUCAAACCACUCUUUGCCAUGCUUUGUACAACUUUAAGUCAAUCCUCGAGACUUUCCCGUUAACGAUUGUUGGCAUGUUGAAAUGGCCGCUCUUCCGCCUCUCAGUGGUUGCUAUGUACUGUCUCUCGGCAACUGCGCCACGUGAAAACAAGGCUACUUCAACGUGUUUCACGGUUAGUCAGGAGUACUGGGAUAGCAUUUCCAGAAAAUAAGCCGUGUUUCCAGUGCUACCCAAGGAUACUAGCUCUCAUUCAGUAAUAUGUUCUACUUUAGUCUACCAGCAAGCUUUUGGAGUAAAUAGUAUUGGCACAGUAAACAAAGAACUGCGCAUUGUAUUGCAAAAGCAUAAACUGCAUUUGAUUUGUGAAGGAAAUACGUAAAUUUAUAAAGAAACAAGAUGCCGCCUAAAAAGAAGAAAGAUAAAUCCGAAGUGAGCAGCAGUAAGAAAACUGUAAAAGCAUCUGGCAAGGACGCGGCUGGACAAGAUGAGCCUUUAUCUGAGCUAAGUAAAGAAUAUUAUUUGGUCCAAAUUAGGGAUUUGGAAAGCCGUUUGACCAGGUACCAGCAGCGAUGUGACGAGCUGACACUGAGAAAAGAUCAGUAUGAGAAACAGUAUGAUCAACUUUUGACAGAAAAGAAGGAAAUUGUGGCAUUCCUAAAACGAUCCUUGGACCAACGUAUUGAUGAUUUGGCAGACCUUAAUGAUCGUCUUAUUGGUCUUCAGCAAGCAAAAGAUGGAGAGAAAGAUGCCUAUGAGGCCCAGUUAACUCAACUUCGCCAUGAGCUGCAGGAGACCAAAGACCAGCUCACAUCAGAAAAUAUGUUGCUAGCUGGGAAAUUGGCCUCACUGGAAGAAUUCCGGGUGCAGAAAGAAGAUCUUAUGGCAAAGUUUGUAGCUUUGGAAGAGCAUUUAAAGAAGCAGGAAGAGGAACGCAAGCAACUUAUAUAUGAACUAGAGAGAAAAGCUGUGGUGGACAAAGACAGGCUAAAGAAAGAGAUGGUUCAGCGUGUGAACAAUGUGGCCACAGAGUUUCGGAAGGUCUCAAACAAACAGAUGGCAGAAACUACAAAACGUGCUAUUCAGGAGAAUGCAUCAAUCAGUGCUCAGUUAGUUAGGAUGUCUGACAAAAGCAUGGAGCUGAUCGUAGAAAAUGAUCAUCUGAAAGAAUUGGAGAAACAACAGCGCUUUCAGCUUCAAACAAUGGAGCACAUUGAGAAAGAGCUAGCAAAGACGAAUGUCAGCAACCAGAAGGUGAUCCAAAUGCUAACAGAAAAGUGUAAACAGCAGCAGAUAAAGAUGGAUGAAUAUGAAACUAGAAAUGAACAUUUCCUGAAAGUAGAUAAUGACUAUUGUAAACUGCAGAAACAACAUGAUAUUGACAGGCAGGAGUGUGAGUGCUUAAGGGAGGAACUGAAAAAAAAGAAUGCUGAAAUGGAAACCUUGAAAAAACAUUUGGAAGAGGAAGCAAUAAGCAGAAAGAACAUUGAAAAAGUAUUGUCAGAGGCUGCCUACGUACUCAGAGAUGCUUUACUGGAAGAAGAAAGCAGUACUGCCAAUGAUACAUCUGAAGUUGCUGUGCACGUUCAACGCAGCGAGAUGAUGGACAAGCUGCUGAGUGUGCUGACCACAUCUGCUACACUGGUACUUGGACCCCACAUCAAGGACUUCCUCCAGAAGACAGCACCUUUCAUAGAAUACAAAAUAGACCCUAAAGGAGAAAGAACAACCCUGCUUUCUCCUGUUGUAAAAGGACCUGGGCUACACCGUCACUAUAAGCUUGGAGAUCUGGGCCUGAUUCCACGUCCUGGACAGAACAUCGAUGCACAUUUAGAAAGAAUGAGUCAGCUAUCCAAGACAACCCACUUAGGAGUACUUAAAAUGGGUCAGAAAUCUGGUUCAGGCAGCAAAGUCAUCAAGGAAAUUGUGGCACCACUUCGCAGCCUUCCAAAAUCAGCUACCUUGCCUGGAAUCAUUUAAAGUCAUGUUCGAAUCAAAGUUUUCAGUCAGAAAAUCGAAUACAACCAACGGCUGAAUGCAAGCCUUCUAUAUUCUCUGUGUGUUUAGUAUAAUGUGUGUGUAUUAGUAUCAGUUGCAUAAUGAUCUGCAGGCGAUGACAUGGCUGUCAUCAUUUAGUGACAGCAGUGAACACUUGUAUGGACACAAGUUUUCUGUUAAAUGGAAAAUAAUACAUAGUAGUAAGAGCUGAAACAGAAAGAAAAAUAAACUACUGUAUACCUUUCCCUUACAAGUUAAUUUCUACUUCCAUUGAACCAAAAGUGGUAGCAGUUCCCAAGUUAAAAAAAAAGAAAAGAAAAAAGGGACAAAUAAUAAAAUGCCCUUUGCCAGCAGCAGCUGUUGACUUGCUAUAGAUAUGAACCACAACAUUAUAGUAUGUGGGUGAGAAGGAAUUAUGAGAAGGCAGGCACCAUUCAAGCAAAACGUUACAACAAAGAUUGUGAGCCAAAAUAAAUGUUCCUUUACAGGUAUGUCUCAUUGCUUUCUAUCCCUGCUUGACACUUUAGAAAAUAAUUUUUGCUCAUGCUUAAUCUUAAGCAGUCUUUUUUCUUGGCAGUUAUUUGUGUGUUGUUUGUGCAGCAUGACAAAGCACUCCAAAACACUUGUAUAUUUUUAAUGUGAAUGCUUCUUUUUCACUACGAUUAUUUGUACUACUGUCCUGAUAUUUAUUUCAUGACCUGCAUAUGACGAUAAGCAGUGGGGGAACAUAAAUAACAGGCAUUCCUUGGUACCUAACGGCCAUUUGGAGACCUAACUAUUGUAACCUGGACUAGAGCCCACUUAUUUUAACUGAUGAAUAAGGCUGUUAAAUCGAGUUUUCCUUGUGGAUACAAAGGUUAGCAAUGAGUACUUCAAUGGCUGAGUUGGGUACUUUUCUUCCUAACUACUAGUCUUUUUGAUGUCUUAUGAAAAUUGAACUUCUGCAUAAUAAAAACUAGAUUCUUUUCAUGAAAUUGCUAAAAAUGUAGUAGAAAUAUGAGGCAUCUACUUUUCAAUGUUCAUAAAAAGCCAUUUCCUUAUGCUUGGCACUGAUGCAUUCACAGUGUGUCUUCAUGAAAAAUUUCAAUUAUUAGUAGCAAAGUUUAAUGAAUGGAGUAAGUGAAAAUGUUAAAAAAGAAUAUUCCCUUAUGCAUUUGGGGUCCCAUAACAUGAUGACUUUCUAAAAUGUGCAUAACCUAAUGAUAUGGAAAUAAUAAAGGGUUCAUUUUGAGUUUUGCUUCAGCAAAAAUGGCUCAUAGAUGUCAAGGUUUAGGAAAAUAUGGGUUUUUGCAUCCUUUGUAUAUUUUUCAAAUCUGUUAUUGAAUGUAAUACUAUUAUAUUGAAACUGCAAGAAUUAAAAGGCAUUUUAUUUUCAAAAUAUGUGAUGUGACA